GUGCACAGAGUUGUGCGCUGGAAGGAAGAACAACCGGUCGUGGCAAAACAAGAGAUGUAGUGGAGAGCUCGCCGGGACUCCGUGGCCAGCCGUCUGUCACUUUUACCGGGAGACCAUCCGACGAGUUGUCCGACGUUACUGACGAAUGGAAAGGACCGGAUUAUUUUUGUUGUGUUUGCACGGUUAACGUUACACUGCGUGGAUGUGUCGUGUAAUGCGACCGAGAAGAGCUGCUGCCUUCGAGGGGAAAUAUAUAUCUGGUUCGGGACGCGUUCUCGCUGGGAGUAGCUAGUCGCUAGCGCGGGGCUAGCGGCUGCGCGGACCACUUCACACCGUAUUUGUCGAGGAUGCUCCGGUGGAUACGACAGCAGCUGGGCUUUGACCCCCCUCAUCAGAGUGACACCAGGACAGUUUAUGUGGCCAAUCGUUUCCCGCAGCAUGGCCACUACAUACCGCAACGCUUUGCUGACAACAGAAUCAUCUCCUCCAAGUACACAAUUUGGAACUUUGUCCCUAAGAAUCUGUUUGAGCAGUUCAGACGGAUAGCCAACUUCUAUUUUCUCAUUAUCUUCCUUGUACAGUUAAUGAUAGACACCCCAACUUCCCCAGUCACCAGCGGCCUGCCUCUCUUCUUUGUGAUCACAGUAACUGCCAUAAAACAGGGCUACGAGGAUUGGCUGAGGUACAAAGCAGACAACGAGGUGAAUGGGGCUCCCGUGUUUGUGGUUCGCAGUGGAAGUCUCGUGCAGACAAAAUCCAAGAACAUCAGGGUGGGGGACAUUGUCCGCGUGGCUAAAGACGAGACGUUCCCAGCUGACUUGGCGUUGCUGUCGUCUGAUCGUGCAGAUGGCACCUGUCACAUCACUACAGCCAGCCUUGAUGGAGAAACCAACCUUAAGACUCACUUCUCUGUGGCGGAGACAUUGGUGUGUCAGUCGGUGUCCCAACUGGAGGCUCUGCAGGCUGUGGUGGAGUGUCAACAACCGGACGCUGACCUGUACAGGUUCGUCGGUCGGAUUACGGUGACUCAACAUGGAGAGGAGAUCGUCAGGUCGCUGGGCCAGGAGAAUUUGCUGCUGAGAGGAGCCAGGUUGAAAAAUACCAAAGAGAUUUUUGGUGUGGCAAUUUACACUGGGAUGGAGUCAAAGAUGGCCCUCAACUAUAAGUGCAAGUCCCAGAAGCGCUCUGCAGUGGAGAAGUCCAUGAAUACCUUCCUCCUCAUCUACCUUGGCAUCUUGCUGUUUGAGGCCAUCCUUAGCACCAUCUUGAAGUAUGCCUGGCAGGCUGAAGACAAAUGGGACGAGCCUUUCUACAACCAAGAGACUGAACAAGAGAGAAACAGCAGUCCGAUCUUGAAGUUUAUCUCCGACUUCUUGGCAUUUCUGGUCCUCUAUAACUUCAUCAUCCCCAUCUCGCUCUACGUUACUGUGGAGAUGCAGAAGUUCAUGGGGUCCUUUUUCAUUGGCUGGGAUUUAGACCUAUACCACGAGGAAAGCGACCAGAAAGCUCAGGUCAACACCUCUGACCUCAAUGAGGAGCUGGGACAGGUGGAGUACGUCUUUACAGAUAAGACGGGCACGCUAACGGAAAACGAGAUGCAUUUCCGUGAGUGUUCAAUUAACGGAGUCAAGUACCGGGAAGUUAAUGGGAAACUGGCACCAGAGGGAAUGACUGACGAUUCACCAGAUGGUUCUAUGCCUCACCUGAUCGGUGAUGAAUUGUUGUUUCUCCAGGCGGUGUCAUUGUGCCACACAGUUCAGAUCAGCUACGACCAGCCAGACUGCCUGGUUGGGGGAGGAGACCCGUUCGCCCAUGCAAACGGUUUCUCUUCCAGUCACAUGGAAUACUACGCCUCUUCACCGGAUGAGAAAGCUUUAGUGGAGGCAGUAAAGAGGAUCGGAGUGGCCUUCACUCGCUGCAGUGGAGAUACCAAAGAGAUCAAAACAUUUGGCAAGUCGGAGAAAUAUAAAUUGCUCCAUCUGUUAGAGUUUGAUGCUGACCGCAGGAGAAUGAGCGUCAUCCUGCAGACUCCCUCAGGUGGCAAAGUGCUGUUCACCAAGGGCGCAGAGUCAGCCAUCUUGCCUUUCACUACCAGCGGUGAGAUAGAAAAGACGAGACUGCACGUUGACGAGUUUGCCUUGAAAGGUCUGCGGACCUUGGUUGUUGCGUGUCGCCACUUCAGCCCAGAGGAAUACAUUGAUGUGGAGAAGCAUCUGAAUGCUGCCCGCACCGCGCUGCAGCAGAGAGAGGAGAGGCUGCAAGAGGCCUUCGCCUACAUUGAGCGAGACCUGCAGCUGCUGGGAGCAACCGGGGUCGAGGACAAACUUCAAGACAAAGUCCAGGAGACCAUUGAGGCUCUACGGCUGGCAGGGAUCAAAGUGUGGGUACUCACAGGGGACAAACACGAGACGGCGGUCAGCGUCAGCCUUUCCUGUGGCCACUUCCAUCGCACCAUGAACAUCCUGGAGCUUCUGCAGCAACGUUCUGAUAACGAGUGUGCUGAGCAGCUCUGCAGACUGGACAGGAGGAUAAAGGAGGACCAUGUCAUACAGCAUGGGUUAGUCGUGGAUGGGGCCAGUCUGUCUUUAGCCUUGAGGGAACACGAGAAGCUCUUUAUGGAAGUGUGUAAAAACUGUUCAGCAGUGCUGUGCUGCCGCAUGGCCCCACUGCAGAAAGCUAAGGUGGUGCGUCUUUUGAAAACCUCCCCAGAGAAACCCAUCACUCUAGCUAUUGGAGAUGGAGCAAAUGAUGUCAGUAUGAUACAGGAAGCUCAUGUGGGCAUAGGUAUCAUGGGGAAGGAGGGUCGUCAGGCCGUGAGAAACAGUGACUAUGCAAUUGCCAGGUUUAAGUUCCUGGCCAAACUUCUGCUAGUCCACGGUCACUUCUACUACAUUCGAAUAGCUACGCUUGUACAGUACUUUUUCUACAAGAAUGUGUGUUUUAUCACGCCACAGUUUUUAUACCAGUUCUUCUGUCUGUUUUCACAACAAACUCUGUAUGACAGUGUUUAUCUGACACUGUACAACAUCUGCUUCACCUCGCUGCCCAUCCUGGUGUACAGUCUGUUUGAACAGCUGGUCCAUCCACACGUACUGCAGAAUAAACCCGCCCUGUACAGAGACAUCAGCAAGAAUUCUCUGCUGUCUUUCCGGACGUUCCUGUACUGGACUUUGUUGGGCUUCCUUCACGCCUUCAUCUUCUUCUUCGGAUCCUAUAUCCUGAUGGGAGAGGACACCAUGCUUAUGGGCAAUGGACAGAUGUUUGGGAACUGGACAUUUGGAACGCUGGUCUUUACUGUCAUGGUCAUCACAGUCACAUUAAAGCUUGCUUUAGAGACUAAUUUCUGGACGUGGAUGAACCAUUUUGUGACGUGGGGUUCCAUUGCCUUCUACUUCAUCUUCUCUCUCUUCUAUGGAGGCAUCAUUUGGCCAUUCCUCCACAGCCAGGACAUGUACUUUGUAUUCGUACAGCUGCUGUCCAGCGGUUCAGUCUGGUUCGCCAUCAUCAUCAUCAUCAUAACUUGCCUCUUUCCUGAUGUGGUGAAGAAGGUCUUCUAUCGACAUCUGCAGCCCACCAGCACACAGAAGAGUCAGUCUCUAUCAGCCCCCCAGAUGCAGAGCCUCAACUGUGUGGAGUCCUUGUGCUGCUACCAACAUGGGCAGAGCGGCUGUUCCCGCCUGGCCCGCCUCCUGGAGCAAAUAACGGGACGGUGUCAGGCCAGCGCCAACAAUUGCCACGCGUCCAGCCGUAGCAACAGGUGGGGAGGACAACGGCAAGAAACAAUGAUUAUGAAUCCCGAUGAACCGGCACCGCCUCUUGGUGUCAAGAAUGUGGGCUGCAGUCCUGACUGUUCAAUCCCAUAACGUGGCUACGACUACUGUCUUGGAGCGACACGGAGAACUUCUACUCCAACGAUCGCAGCAUCCUGACGCUGUCGCCCAUCGAGUCCACGAACUGCUGACUCCCAUCUGACUGACACACUGAUCUGGGGGAGGGCUUCUACUCCACAUAAUCACCCCUCGACCCCUGUGCCGCCAUUUAAUACACCUCCAUAAAUCUAAGCUUGCUGCAUUCUGAGCUGGACACUGAUGCAUCACAGACCUGUCUGCUGCAUUGUCCUUCACCAAUUCCUGUUCCCAGUGUUAGUGAAUCCAUAGAAGAUAAAGAGACGUGUGUGAGAUCAGACCGGGGACAGGAACUCUCUUGCAGCGAUUUACGAAAUACUUUUUCGCAUAGUUGCCAAAGUUUUUUUGCAGCUGGCACAUGGUCUUUCCUGACCAUGUGGACUUUUUGCUAGCUUGAGGCGAGCAGCAGUCCAGCUCGGCCUGAGGACUUGUAGCACAGGACGGGACAGAGCCACAAAGACCGCCUAUGUAGCACCAGGUCUAAAGAUCCACUAAUAUGAGCACUUCUCAGAGGUGUCCGCUUGCAGCCCAUCAUCAUCUUCAUCAUCAUCAUCAUGUUGCGUCCAUGGACUUCCUCUUUGAGCUUUCGGCCCCGCUGCACCUUUUUGUUUCUCAUUCGGAUGAAACGGUAGACGUUAUGUAUGUUUCAGAGCCUGGCUGGAUCUGAAACGGCAGUCCCUCGAUACUGUACAAGGAGAUGCAUCUCUACCAAAGACCAAAGGAUUCAGACUGGAGUUUAAAAGAAUAGCUGUUUAUCUUUGUGCCUGGUUGUACUGGUUGCCUGCUUAUAUUGUUAUUGUUUGGCUGCUCUCUGGUAUGACUGUUCAGGCCUUGGUGUCCCUGCUGUGAAGAUGGGCAGAUGGGGCCUGUUUUAAAAGCCAUACAUUUUCAGGAGGUUACAUUAUUGAUUUAUUAGUGCAGAAAGAAGCUGUUUAAGCCUAUUGUUGUUAUUUUGUUCCCGUUUAAUGCCUUUUCUCCUUCAGCCGCUUUGGCAUAUCAGCAUUGAAGACCACGAUGCUCAGGGAAUGUUUUGGGGUCAGGCUGGGAGGCGGUCUAAAAGAGGCUGUAUUGCUGGAAUCAUCCCUCAGUUGCCUAGAAUAUUGCCCACGUGUCCGAUGAGAUAAUGGUACCAUUUCUAAUUCAGCAAGACAAAAAUGGCUUCAAUGGCGAGAUGCUUUUCCACGGCUGAUGCACGUCGAGCCAGACAGACAAAUGUCUAGAGAGAGAGAAAAAAGAAAGAGAGAGAGAGAGCUAUAUCGGUUAAAUCUAAUUCAGCUUCUACAGAGGUGAAUAGAAGAGCAGGCCGUUUGCACAAAUCAUCUAGAUAUUGCUCAAUUCAUUGCACAUCACCUAAAUCAUGUUGGUAAGUGAGUGACCUUGUUGUAAGCUCUUUGUACGAUCUCAGUGGCCACAUGCAAGUAAAAGGUCAAAUGAUUCUCUUUGAUACUUAGUUUGACCUCUUCUUCUUCCAAAAAAAAAAAAAAAACGGUGAAAUGAGGAAUCGUGUGCCGGUUCUUAUUUGUAGAAGUCAGUUGACUCAGAAGUGUAAUGUAGAAACGUUUCAAGACAACCGUUUAAAAGCAACAGCUCCCAUGUUGUUGUUUUUUGGUAUGGUUACUGUUGAAAGAAGGCCGAUUGUCAAACAUGUUUUUGUCAAGUCAUUGAAUAUUCUGUUUAUUUUCUAUACGGUACACAUUGUUUGAUGCACACCUGGGCCUGUUAACGUCCAUACAGGUGCAGCUGAAGAUGGAAAUGUAUAUUUAUUAUUGCAGUACUUUUUUCCUGUGUUUGUGACUUUCUUCCAUAUUCUACGUGUGUCCUGUAAAUUUACAAUCUUAGACAUGUAACCAGGAAGUUGAAGCGUUAUCUAAGCUCUUUGUUUUGACUUCAGUUAGAGCUUUCCUUUCACAACUCAAGAGGUAAUGAUCAGGAGACAUUCAUUUUGUUGUUAUUAAACAUUUGUGUUCAUACUGCUAUGAAAAUGUCUACCUGGAUGUGGAAAACUACAUGCUAAAGGUGUUUUUUAUAGGGGCACUUCAACCGUUGUACACAUAGUUUAUAGCAAUUCACUCACUCAAAAUGUUGACGUUAUAAGCUUGGAGCAUGAAACAGGCAGGUGUGGUUGGUAAGAUGCGUUGCAUCAUGGGAUUUUUGUUUUUAGGUUACUCACACAAGCCACUUAAAAUCAGGAUAUGUUCAAUUCUGUUGCAUUAAUUUUGACCAUCAUUUUUGUAUGGAGUCAAAGGCAGAACCCCGGCUGUGUUGGUGCACCGUAUGCUCAUAUACGGAGGCCCAAAUUGUUAAAAAUAUAAUGAUUAAUACCUCUAUCAUGUUAAUAAAUACAAACAAAUAACUUGACAAGUUGCAUCUUAAAAAAACAUCUCUUCCAUCAAGACUUAGAAAUAAAACAUAGACCAAUAUCUACAAAAUAAAAAUAAAUGACUUACUUUAAAGUCAUUUUAAAAUGACCUUUUCUAAUGUAAGUCUUUAUUUGAAAGAAUUUGUGAAAUAACUAUGAAGUAACAUUUAAGUACAAUGAGUAUAAUUUUGAAAAUCUAUAGGAUUAUAAAAAAAUCUAAGCAAUAUUUUUUGAUCGUAUAUACAUCCAGGUACAGAUUUUCUUUUUCAAGUGGCACUAGAGUAAUAUUCUUGCGACUGCUUAUGCUGAAAACUGAUACUAUAUUUUUCAAAUCUGAUUCUAUAAACUAAAGCAUCAGAGCGGUGACCUCAUCAAAGCCGUAGACAAGAAGGCAGCAGGGUUUGUAAACAAGGCUUUCUGGGUAUUUACAGAAGCAGAUUACUAAACCACAUAUGAAAAAAAUUUAAAGUCAAUUAAAAUGGUAUCGCGCUCUGAUGACAAACGAUCAUGUCAUCCAUUAAAAGCAUCUUAUAUUCUGUCUAUAGAUGUGGUUUUAAACCAAGUGCUCCUGCUUCUUGAAAUAUUGGCCAUAUAUUGAAUAUGUGUAAAGACAAAAUGAAAAUGUAAUAAACACAUCAUCCUGAACUA